CACCCCAUAACUCUCUCUGCUUUCCUCCCAGCCCUCAGGAUGCCCCUGUCUCACAGCAAGGCUGGGCAGAUGCCAUGCAGCAGCAAGGUCUGCAGGAACCUCUUUGGCCCCCUGGACCAUGAAGAGCUCCAGAAUGAUUUUGAGACCUUGUUGAGGCACCAGCUGGAAGAAGCUCAGCAACGCUGGAACUUUGACUUCGAGACAGACACCCCCCUGGAAGGACCCUUCAGGUGGGAGAGGGUUGGGCUGGCUGAGCAGCCAGACCAGGAGGUCCACAGGGUCCCCAGCAAUGAGAACAGGAGCUCCUUGGGCCACAAGGUCCCCUCCAAGGACCCUCUUGCCAAGAUCUGCCCUGAAGGGUCUCAGCAGAGCUCGGAGGUUUGCAGGGCUGGUUCCCUGCAGAGCUUGAAACGUGGACAGGCAACCAUGAAAGACUUCUACAGCUCCAAGAGGAGGAUCAUCCAUGACAAGCCCAACCCAUGACACGUUUUGGCUCCUCUGCCAUGGGCUCAGCUGCUGAUGCUCACCUGCCCCGGGGGUGUCCAUAGCUCUUUUCCCCCACCCUGUACCGUGCAAGCUGUCUGUAGGAAGCAA